CUGGGGCGGCUUCAGAGGAGACUGAGCAGGGCACGCACGCGGGGUGCAAUCUUGAGCUCGGCGUGAGGGCUUCCAGGAAGCAGCAUCCUCCCCACCCCCAUCCUCUCUCUCCAGCCCGGUCACCUAGGAAACGCCAAAGCCCUCUAGCCUGGAAAUCUCCGCCUUUAAUGGGAGGCAGGAUGGGAGUGGGGGAGGGGGUGGAAGCCAGACGUCACAGCGUUUCACCUUUCAGAUCGACCUCCCGGACGCCACGACGCCUGGUGUGGCCAGCGUGGUCCUGACCCCCGGGGACCCUCCGUCCCUCUGGUCCCCCGCUCCGGAGCCGAGGCGCAUCCCAGACGCCCUUCCCCGGCCAGGAGCGCUCACCCCAAGAUCGUUCUCUCCCUCCUCCUCCUCCUCCUCCUCGAACUCCUCGGAGCCCAGGUCCGACAUGGUUUCGGCUCCGCCUGGAUCCGGGCUGCGGCGUCUCUAGCAGGCAGAGCUGGCCCCUGCUGCAAAGAAGAGGGAACAAGACCUGGUAGGACGCCUUUGCUGUGGGUUUUCAGGCUAUGUGACCCCAGAGGGAGGCAGGAGCCCUAACCUAUGAAGCAUCUGAUUUUGGGGACCAGAGCUCCCUCCGAGGUCGGUCGGGAACCACGUAAAUGGCUCGACUCCCCGCCGGCGUCCGCUUCCUCGUCUCCUUCUCUCGGGAUCAGUGGUACCGAGCUUUCAUCUUCGCGCUGACCUUCCUGCUGUACGCAAGCUUCCACUUGUCUCGCAAGCCCAUCAGCAUCGUGAAGGGUGAGCUCCACAAGCCGUGUGCUGUUGGGGACGAGCCCGAGCCCAGAUUCAGCGGCCCGAGCAGCAGCACCAGGCAUGGGCCUCUCCACCAGCUCCCAGACAAUGACACGGGGACUGACUGUGGCUGGGCCCCCUUCGACAAGGCCAACUACCCGCAGCUGCUCGGGGCCCUGGACUACGCCUUCCUGUGCGCCUAUGCCGCGGGGAUGUACCUGAGCGGCAUCAUAGGGGAGCGCCUGCCUAUUAGGUACUACCUGACCUUCGGGAUGCUGGCCAGCGGCGCCUUCACUGCCCUGUUUGGGCUGGGUUACUUCUACAACAUCCACAGCCUGGGCUUCUAUGUGGUGACUCAGAUCAUCAAUGGACUGGUGCAGACCACAGGCUGGCCCAGUGUCGUCACCUGCCUCAGCAACUGGUUUGGGAAAGGCAGGCGAGGCCUGAUCAUGGGGAUCUGGAACUCACACACCUCGGUGGGCAACAUCCUGGGGUCCUUAAUCGCCGGCUACUGGGUGUCCACGUGCUGGGGACUGUCCUUCGUCGUGCCUGGGGCCAUCGUAGCAGCCAUGGGCAUAGUGUGCUUUCUCUUUCUCAUCGAACAUCCAAAGGACAUCAGGUGUUCCUCCACACUGCCCGUGCACCCCAAAGUCUCUGAGAAUGGCACGAACAGAUUUAGAUUGCAGAAGCAAGUCCCACACAGCACAAACAACGGGCCUCUGGACCCAGAGAUGCAGUGUCUACUGUUGGCAGACGGGAAGAGUCCCCUCUACCCGAGCCACAUUGUCGUCCUCCCUGGUGACGGCGGGAGCGCCAUGGCUGCCAUCAGCUUCACAGGAGCCCUGAGGAUCCCGGGCGUGAUCGAGUUUUCUCUGUGCCUGCUGUUUGCCAAGUUGGUCAGCUACACGUUCCUCUUCUGGCUCCCGCUGUACAUCACCAGCGUGGAUCACCUGGACGCUAAGGAAGCUGGGGAGCUCUCCACCUUGUUCGACGUGGGUGGGAUCUUUGGCGGGAUCCUGGCAGGCGUGAUCUCCGACCGGCUGGAGAAGCGGGCCUCCACCUGCGGCCUGAUGCUGCUACUUGCGGGCCCCACGCUCUACGUCUUCUCCUCUGUUAGCAGAAUGGGCAUGGAGGCCACCAUAGCCAUGCUGCUGCUCAGCGGCGCCCUGGUCAGCGGGCCCUACGCGCUGAUCACCACCGCCGUCUCUGCCGACCUGGGCACUCACAAGAGCCUGAAGGGAAACUCCCACGCCCUGUCCACCGUGACUGCCAUCAUCGACGGCACCGGCUCCGUAGGUGCGGCGCUGGGGCCUCUGCUGGCGGGGCUCAUCUCGCCAUCAGGGUGGAGUAACGUGUUCUACAUGCUGAUGUUUGCAGAUGCCUGUGCCUUACUGUUUCUGAUCCGCCUCAUUCACAAGGAGAUGAGUUGUCCAGGGCCUGCGGCGGGGAACCAGGCUCCGCUGAAAGAACAUUGACCACACGGAGUCCUGGGAGGGCCCGGGCCCAUCCUGUGCAACCCGUCCUUAGAAAAGAAGCCGAAUAAAGGGUCCUGUCGUGAAAAGAAUGAUUAAGCCCUUGCUUUUUGCACACAUGCCUGAAAAAGAUCACAAAGCACCCUGGGACCUGCUGUGCCCUGUGGACAGACGUGGAGCUCCGUGUGUCCCACUGCCUUAACCUAACCGAAGGCCCAACAGCUCAGCCGGGUUGGCUGGGCAGACCUGUGACCCUCCAGCAUCGGUGGUGACGCGCAGGGCUGGCCCGCAUCCCCCGGGCAGCCCGCCUCUCUCAGGUAUCCAGCACAGAAGGUUAAAUCCUGUGAGCUCGAGUGCCGUCAUUUCCGGAAGGUCCCGGUUGAAGGACAGGACAUGGCACACUCACCAUGCCAGUGGCUGAGCACCAGCCUCUGAGUGGUGUGAGGAAGCCCAGCCAUGGUCAGAAACAGGCCCAGGCCUCACCAAGAGAAGCUUCUAGCAGAUCCUGCCCUUGGCACUGACCUGGAAACUCCACUUGGCAAGACACGGACAGACAUGAAGCAAUAAGCCUUCCCCCCCGGCCGCACCCCAAGAGGGCAGGGGCACCUGCCCACAGGUACCCACCGUGUGCUGCUGGUUCCCUGUGAGGUUGAGGGGUACAGAGGCCAGGAGGGGGAGCUCCCUGGGCACUGAGAGUGGUGAGGUUCAUCAGCCAUCCAAACUAUCCCACGACACACUUGGGUACCUGGGCUAUUUCCAGAGUCACGGGGAUUGUUUAUUUAUAAUGUGCUACGUGAAAUUUAAGAAACAUAAAUGACGUUUUGUUAUUUAUUAAGACAAGUUAUGACACUUCUGUGGCAAUUUGCUGUUGGGGUUGGAUUUGUCCUUUGAAA